UAUUGGAAAAUGACACCAAACGAAUGCUUUGCGUUCUUCUUAAGCGCAUGCAUUGUAUAAUAUAACGUUCUCCAUUGAAGAAUAUUUUUUAAAGGGGACAUGACAUUUCUUACCGUAUAGCUUUUAAUAAGAAAUAAUUUACAUAUGAGAAAUGUGGCAUGAAGCUCGCAAACAGGAACGUCGUAUACGCGGCCUUAUUGUUGACUACAGGCGUCGUGCCGAACGGCGGCAAGACUUUUAUGAGAAAAUUCAAGCAGAUCCGACACAGUUUAUCCAGAUUCAUGGUAGACGGUGCAAGAUACACUUGGAUCCUGGAGUAGCGGCUGCCGGCGACGGAGCCGCUAUAAUAGUCCCAUGGCAAGGGCAGCAAGACAAUCUCAUCGACCGUUUUGACGUAAGAGCUCAUUUGGACUACAUAUCACCAGUUGCGAGGACUUCAGACAACCACGCAGAACUAACUCAAGAAGAACGUCAAUGCAAUUAUGAACGCUAUAGAAUUCUGGCACAGAAUGAUUUCCUUAAUAUCACCGAAGAUAAAUUUUUACACCAACUUUUUCUUGAAGAGCAAUUUGGUGCUAAUGCAACACCUGAGAGUCAAGCCGCCCAAGGCAAAAAAAAAACUCAAAAAUCGGGUGCUGCGAUUGGAUAUUCAUAUGACGAUGCUGGGGACAACAUAAGUGAAACUCAACUUUUCAGUCAUUUACAUCAUCCUGUUGGCGGUACCAGUUCGCAUGUAGGCGGGAGCUUGAAAAAGACUGACAACGAUUCUGAAACAGAAUCAGAUUCUGAUAUAGAUAUGGACGUCUCUAUAGACAUAACUAAAUUGGAUACAUCACAGGCUCAUGAGUUAAACGCUUGUGGUCGUAACUAUGGAAUGCUUAGUAACGAUUUCUACUCUUAUCUCACGAAGGACAUGGACGAGGCAGAUGCUUUGCGUAUAGCUCGGGAAGAACAACGGGAGAAAAUGUUGCUAAGUGGACGCAAAUCCCGUAGAGAAAGAAAAGCGCAAAAAGAACGACGUAUAGCAAAUCGACCAUUUAGUCCUCCUAGUUAUGCAGCCAAGGAAGAUAAAACCGAAAAGACCGAAGAAAGCGAUUCUCGAUCACCUUCUCCUGUUGAUACUACGGAAAAAAUAACUUAUAUCACUUCUUUUGGUGGUGAAGAUGAGUUGCAACCGCAUUCCAAAAUAUCCAUUAACUUGCCUAAGAAAUCACUUGCCUUAAGCUCUUCCGGCGGAGGGACCGAGGCUAGCACUUCGUUAGGCCAUAGCCGUGCUACUUACGCUGAUAAAGUAAAAGAGAAUUUAGAAAAGCUGAAAAUUCUUACUGAAAGUUCAAAAAAUCCUCGGCGGCGGGAUGGAAGUCGAAGUCGCAGUUAUACUCGAUCUUGUAGAUCUUCUCAGAGAUCAAGUUCUAGCAGUUAUACACGCCGAAAACUUCGUAGAGACAAUAGAAGGUCGCGAUCCCGCAAUAAACUGCGCUCACGUACACGAUCGAAAUCUAGAAGUAGGAUCAUGCCAAAGAGAGGUCGAAACAUGCAUGCAAGAUCGAGAACGCGAUCUAGAUCUAGGCAAAGACGCUACCAUAAUCGUUCUUCAUCUAGCGAUUCUACGACCACAUUACGUUCGAGAUCUAGUUCAAGAUCAAUCAGAUGUCAAAAAGAAAGACUUUUGCAAAUGCCUAAAUCACGUAUUAAAAGAACAUCACGUAGUACUGAAAGAAGUAAAGCUGUAUCAUGGAAAAAAUCUCCAGUAAAGAAUAAACCGGACGUAAAUGCUCCACAACCUGAGGCUGUGACUCAGAAGCCAGUGGUAACGUGCGCGAAGAAUAUAUCAACAUUUACGGAGUUAACAGCUACUACAGUUCCCUCCGAGCCAGCAAUAGAGAUUAUCGUGCCUCCACCGCCCCCCUUAAAGCGCUAUUAUGGACGUAAACGUGACCAGUAUUCAUCUUCGUCGAUGUCUGAUUCGGAUUCUAAUAAAGAAAGAUGUAGUAAUAUUGAAAAAAGCCAAGAUUGCCCCGAAUCGUUAGAUAUAGACACUACCUCUGAAAAAUCAAAUCCUCUGAUGUCGAACAUAGUGCAAACGGCGGAUAAGUCAGCAGGCAAAUAUAGCACAAUUUCGUCCAAUGUAUCGUCACAUAGUAAUGCUUUCGAAAUCAAAGGUUCCUUUGGAGGUGGACGAUUAAAUUUGCGUGAGCGUCUCAAACGUAAAAUGCAAAAUUUGCUUAAUAAGCAAUAUAAAGCAGAUAAAAAGGCCGAAAUUGAGAAAACGGAACGAGAGAAGCAACAGCAACAAGAAAGAGAAGAGGAAAUGCGUGAAUUAGCGCUUAAGUUAAGGAGAAGACAAAGAGAAUUACGCCAUCGCCACGGUUCUCCGAACAGUGCUGGGUCAGAAAGUGGCACUUCCGAUGUUUUAGGUAAAGAUGAACGCAGCAAAUCCCGCAGCAUUGAGCAAGGUAAACGUUAUAGUCAUGAACGCAAAAUAGUGACGAAACGCACUCAAAGUCGUGAACGCCGUCGUUCAAGAAGCAGAAGCCCGUUGCACCGUCGAACUAGUCGUUAUACGAGAUCACGUUCACACUCGCAUAGUAGACGUAGCGAUUCUCGAAGGAGACGCCUUAGUGCCUCACACGCGCGCCGUCAACCAGAAUCGAAAUGCGAGCAUUCAACUAAUUAUGGCAGUGGGCGUUCUCAUCACGAAGAUCGAAGUACAUUGUCUACUCGUUCAAGAGUCGACCGUGAUAAACGCGGUGAGGAAGAGAGCGGGAGACGACGUUGGGAACGAUCAAGGUCAGGUAGGAAAGGCUGUGAACCCGAACAAUCAGUAAGACAUGGUGGUGAAAGGAGCCGUCAUCGACGAUCCUCCCAACGCACUCUUCAUUCAUCUUCCACGACUACUGAUAAAAGCAAUCCGGCUGGUGCUGGAAGUAGUCGUAGCCGUGUUACAAUUUCUGCUCCACCAAAAUUAAAAAAAUUGGUGGAUUAUUAGUGAACUUUUUAUAGAUUAUAUUAAUUGUUGAAAUUUUUCUACCUAUAAA